AAACAACAUCUAUGAACACAAAAUAAGCGAAACGAAAUAAAAGACCAUCACAAGCGUCUCUAACAUUUUAAAACGUCUUCAACGUAUUUUUGUGCUUGUGUUGUGUAAAAUCUUGUUCCUGUUUUAUUGCAACGAUGGUGGAUUGAUGAACUAAAAGAUGGUAACCACUAGCAAGGUAAUCCUGCUUUCAGCAUUCCUGUUGUCAGUGGUCACUCAACUGUGGUGUGCUCCUAUUCCUAUUAUUACAAUAGGAAAUCAACAGCAUGCCGACGAAACCGAUUCAAGUUCAUCUGCUGAGAUACCUGAAAACGACAAGUACAAUAUGGGCCAUCCGCGAGUUCCAACAAGUCACUUCUUUAAUGACUUAGAAACCAAGGCAACAGUCACAAACGAGGUCAGCUAUGAACCACAUCGUGGACAGAUGUUCACGCCAAACGUCGGCUCUUCACACUGGACAAACGAUUACAAACUUGGUAUGAGGACCAUGAAUAAACUCUUCGAGGAAGGCGAGAGAUUUGACCAGAAGAUCAACUAUCUUAUAGAAAAAAAGAACGCUUAUCUCAACGGCAAAAAUUCCUUUAAGGUUUUCAUGAUAAAAGAUAUAGGACCUGAUAGCAACCUGGUAUCAAAUAUUGAUACCCACGAGAGGCUAGACAGUGAACAGAACGUUAAAAACAUAACCGACAAUGGAAAAAUACUUACAGAAAGAAUAUUCUCAUUACCGUUCAAGAGUGAUAUUACCAAAAGUUUUGAUAAUAUCGGACCUGGUAACAUUUUUCAUAUGAGUCAAGCGUUAGAUAACGGAAAUAAAGUUUUGAAAGGACUACUUGAUGAGAUUAAAUAUGGCAAUAUUUUAUCGAAAGCAGAUCCGAUAGGGGUUGAAGAUCCAUAUAGAGAUACAGUGCUUGAAACUCCAAUUCCUAAAAGAACCAGGACUAAUACUGUGCAUAGUAAUGGAAUGAAGCGACAUAGCGACAACUUCAUAGAUAUUAAUGUGAAAGAUAUUGGUAACAUGCGUGAAAGUCGAGGACAAUCAAAAUUCCUUAUUGAUGAUAGCGAUUUGUCUCAAGGAUUCGGUAAUGAUGAGGAUGGUGGAGAAGAUAGUGAAGACGCGGAUAGCAAGGCCAGUCAAAGCGGUGCUGAUGCGUCGAGUGAGGCAGGAAGCAAAAUCGUAAGCGCCGAAGCUACCAAAGAAGAGGAAAAUGAGGAUGAUGAUGAGGAUGGGGGAGAAGAGGAAAGUGAAGAAUCGUCGGAGAAAGAGGAAGAAACAGAAAAGAAAGUGGCUGAAAAUGCGAAAGAGAGCGGAGAAGAGGAGAGUGAUGAAGAAUCAGAAGAAGACGAAGAAGAAGAAGAGGAUGAAGACGAUCCGAUGCAAAUGAAAUUAGGAGAACCAGAGCUAGGUAUGGGUGUCGUUGAUGAAGAAGGAGAGGACAACAGCAGUGACGGCGAUGAUGAGGAUGAUGAUGAUGAUGAUGAUAAUGGCGGCGGUAAUGGUAAUGAUAAUUGUUUUAAUGGUAAUUGUAAAGAUGGCUUUAACGGUAAUAAAAAUGAGGAUACCGGUGGUUCUGAUAGUGAUGAUGAUGAUGAUGAUGACGACGACGACGACGAAAAUGGGAAUGGCAACGGUGAUAAUGGUGCUGGUGAAAUUGAUGAUGAUAAUGGUGAUGAUGAAGAGGAGGACGAGAACGAACAAGAGGAAGAUCAGGAAGACGAAGAGGAGGAGGAAGGGGGCGCAAUGAGUAAAUCGAAGGUAAGGAAAAAUGCAACAACUGUGAAUAUUCGUUUGGGCAAUAAUGGUAAACACGGAAAGAAAUCUGCGUCUGCAAAGUCCACGAAUGAAGAGGAUGGCAAAGAUGGUGAAAAAUCUCACAGAGUACACAAAGUUAGAAUAAAAGCGAAACUAAAUGGACAUAAUGGUAAAGCAGGAAAAUCAAAGUCAAAACACAAGAAAAUAAAAGUUGCCGUGAAAAUAAAAAAUAGCAAAGGAACCAAUGGGAAAGAGGCGGAAGAGAGCGAGGAGAACGAAGAGGAAGGGGAGGGGGAGGAAGAAGAGGAAAGCGAGGAGAGCUCUAAUGGAGGUGAGGAUAACGGUGAUGACGAAAAUGGUGAUGAUGAUAAUAAUGAUGAUGAGGAUGAUGAUAGUGAUGAAGAAAAUGGUGAUGAAGGAGAGAAUGGUGAUGAAGAAAAUGGCGAUGAUGAAAAUGGCGAGGAAGGUGAUAAUGGGGAAGACGACGACAGUGACGAUGAAGAUGACGACGAUGAGGAGGAGGAUGAAGGGGAGGAUGGCGACAAUGAUAAUGGUGAUGAUAAAUGUAAAACAAUUAAAAUAAAAUCUGGCACCAAACUAAUCUGUGUUUCCGAUGGCGAUAUAAGCUUGCCCACAGUCUCCGACCGGGAUGAAGACGAUAAUGACAAUGGAGGUGAAAAGUUGAGUAUGGUAGAUCCAAAAAAACACAUAGAAAAGGGAAAAGAGAAAAAAGGUACUUGGUUUGCUCGUAAAAAAACGAAAUCGAAAGCGCAGAAAAAGAAAUUACUGGCCACCAUUAAGGUGCGUCAUGUAAAAAAGGGGAAUAAACAUCACAUUUCAAUCAAACCAAAAGCGCCAAAGACGAAAGCCCAUGGCAAAAAGCAUAACCGUAAGCAUGGGGUACAUUUGAACAUAACAACUAAAAGGUCAAAGAAAGAAGAUGAAUCCAAUGAAAUGGACGAAAAAUUCUCUCAGGUUGAUAAAGACUUAAAUGAGAUCAUGAAACCACUCUUUAUGACCAAUAUAACUAUUACAAAUUCAUCGGCUGGCUUCACAAAUGCAUUAGCUAAUGAUGAGAGCAAUGAAUCAGAAUCAGCAGAAAGUACAAAGAAAGACUAUAGCAAGCCACAAAGCACAAAGUCGCCAUCGCUGACUUCUUAUAAAAUAGCAGGCGACAAGCCACCACUAAAAAUAACAAUGAAUAUUUCUAGGCAAAUCCACUCUUCUACGCAAGAAGAAAGGGAAGGUAUCGAAAAAGAAUUUAAUCCUACAGAAAUAGAUUCAUUCAUCAAACAACUGAAAAGUGUCUAUGAUGACGACGAUGACUUUAUCAUGUUCUUAUUGAAACUACUAAAGAAGGAAUUAAAAUCACGGUUUUCUAAAAACUAACUUACGAUCACAUUUGCAUUAUUGUUCCAUGCAAAAGCCACCAUGUUAAAAAAAAAAAGAAAAAAGAAAAGAAAACAAAAAAAACAUCAUCUCCAUUCAAUCAAUAUCUCAGAAUAUUCAAACGUGGCCUCCAGACAUUCGGUUAUGUUUAUAAUUCACUCUCUUUCUGCAGCAGCUUAAUACUUGAAGAAUCAUUUUGGUUCUUCCAUGCUUUCUUUCAUGUUUUUUUUUUCUUCAUCUUCUCUUUCUCUCGAGAGAGGUGGUUUCGGUUAACCCUUUGGCUUGAAAAAAUAAAAAAAAAAAGAAAGAAAAGGCGAAGUAAUACACAUACUCCACUUAAUAACACGAAACAAACAAGAACAACAAAAUAAUCUACUACUACUACUACUUACUACUACUAUUAUUAUUAUUAUUAUUAUUAUUAUCAUUAUUAUUAUUAUUAUUAUUAUUAUUAUUAUUAUUAUUAUUAUUAUUACUAUUAUUAUUAUUAUUAUUAUUAUUAUCAUUAUUACUAUUAUUAUUAUUAUUAUCAUAUAUUACUUUGAACCAAUUGUAGAGUCUUAUGAAAAAAACAAAACAAAACAAGGGAAACACUGAAACCCACUAGGACCUUUAAUAUUUCUCUCUUUCCUUCUCUCCCUCUCUGUACAUAUAAGCUUGCAUAGACAUUAGUAUAAGCACAAACACAGACACAUACACACAAGCAUGGGCAUACAUACAUACAUACAUACAUGCAUACAUACAUACAUACAUACAUACAUACAUACAUACAUACAUAUAUAUAUACA